ACAAAAUUACUGAGACUGUCUGCUGUUUGACUUUACUCGUGUCUCUAGAACCAGCCCAGAAAUGUCUUCUAAGGAAAAGACCUCAGCAAAUCCAGCAGAGGGGACCAUACCCGCCCCACUCACCAACUUGAAAAUUCAAUUUACUAAGAUAUUUAUAAACAAUGAAUGGCAUGAUUCAGUGAGUGGCAAGAAAUUCCCAGUUAUUAACCCUGCUACUGAAGAAAAAAUUUGUGAUGUGGAAGAAGGAGAUAAGGAGGAUGUGGACAAGGCAGUGAAAGCAGCAAGGGAGGCUUUUCAGAUCGGCUCCCCGUGGCGGACGAUGGAUGCUUCAGAGAGAGGACGGCUCCUGAACAAACUGGCUGAUUUAAUGGAAAGGGACCAUUUGCUUUUGGCAACAAUGGAAUCAUUGAAUGGUGGAAAAAUCUUUGCCCAUGCCUAUCUGAUGGACUUAGGUUUGUCUGUGAAUGUUAUACGCUACAAUGCAAGCUGGGCCGAUAAGAUUCAAGGUCGUACAAUCCCAAUUGAUGGAAAGUUUUUCUCAUAUACAAGACAUGAACCUAUCGGUGUUUGUGGCCAAAUCCUUCCUUGGAAUUUCCCUUUGGUUGCACUAGUUUUGAAAAUCGGACCUGCCCUUUGCUGUGGAAACACUGUGGUUGUCAAACCAGCAGAGCAGACUCCACUCACUGCUCUUUAUCUAGCAUCAUUAAUUAAAGAGGCAGGAUUUCCUCCAGGAGUAGUAAAUAUUGUGCCUGGUUAUGGACCCACGGCUGGAGCCGCCAUUUCUUCUCACAUGGAUGUAGAUAAAGUGUCCUUCACAGGGUCCACAGAGGUUGGCCUGCUAAUCAAACAGGCUGCUGGGAAGAGCAACCUAAAGAGAGUUACACUGGAACUGGGAGGAAAGAGUCCUUGCAUUGUAUUUGCUGAUGCUGACUUGGAUAGUGCUGUAGAAUCCGCACACCAGGGUGUGUUCUUCCACCAAGGCCAGUGCUGCAUCGCCGCAUCGAGGCUUUUUGUGGAAGAGUCUAUUUACAAUGAGUUUGUUCAGAAGAGCAUAGAGCGUGCCAAGAAAUACACACUGGGGAAUCCUCUAAACCCAGGAGUGCAACAAGGUCCUCAGAUUGAUAAAGAGCAGUACAACAAAAUUCUUGACCUCAUUGAGAGUGGAAAGAAGGAAGGAGCCAAAUUGGAAUGUGGAGGAGGCCCUUGGGGAGACAAAGGUUACUUCAUCCAGCCCACAGUUUUCUCAGAUGUUACUGAUGACAUGCGCAUCGCCAAAGAAGAGAUUUUUGGACCAGUUCAACAAAUCAUGAAGUUUAAAACUAUCGACGAAGUGAUCAAAAGGGCCAACAACACCCACUAUGGCUUAGCAGCAGGUGUUUUCACCAAAGACCUUGAUAAAGCCUUGACCAUUUCCUCCGCCCUUCAAGCAGGAACAGUCUGGGUGAAUUGCUAUGGUGUGCCUUCUCUUCAGGCCCCUUUUGGUGGAUUCAAGAUGUCUGGAAAUGGGCGAGAAAUGGGAGAGUAUGGUCUCCAUGAAUACAUCGAAGUCAAGACUGUCACAGUCAAGAUUUCUGAGAAGAACUCAUAAGAAUGACACAGGAGAUGAUGCUCCAUAUAAUCAAUGAAUAACCUAAAAAGUGAAAGAUAUUACAAUUGCCAUUUUCCCUGAUUAUUUACAUUAGCAGCAUUAAAAGACACUUAUAUCUAAAA